GCUGAUCUUCUUGCACAACCUGUGUGCAACUCUUAAACUCAUGAUAAAAGAGAAGUCUCUCUUCUAUCUAUCAGUAUAUGGUGAAACACUUCAGCUUUAUAGAUCUAGACAACAUUAAAGUGCAGUGAGCCAACUGAUUGAUUCAUCAAAGAGGUCAUGGCCAGCAAAGCAAGUGGAAAGGCCAAGAGGAAUCGAGAGGAUCCUCCAGAUGUCAAGCUCUCCAAGUUCAUUUCUUACAUCUGCAGACACGGUGCCGAGAAGGAGGGAAUCACUCUCCUCUCAGGUGGCUACGUAGCUGUGUCAGCAAUCCUCUCCCAUCGCCGUGGCAAGCAACACACUGAGGAGGAUGUACGACGAGUUGUCACUAACUGCCCCAAGUCUCGUUUUGCCCUCACAGAAAUGUCAGGUCAACUGCUUAUCCGUGCCAACCAAGGACACACUCUUCAGGUUGAUGAUUUAGAGCUGACUCCCAUUCUAAGGGCAGAAGAUGCCCCAACUGUUGUCCAUGGCACCAACAAAAAGGCCUGGGGAAGCAUCCAAGCUGAGGGCCUGAGUCGAAUGAAGCGUAACCACAUUCAUUUUGCCACUGGGUUGCCGGGGGAAUCAGGAGUCAUCAGUGGUAUGAGGAGCAGCUCUCAUGUACUCAUUUUCGUUGACAUGCAGAAAGCUCUAGACGGUGGAUUUCAAUUUUACCGGUCCUCUAAUGAUGUCAUCCUAUGCCCUGGCAACGAACAUGGUAUCUUACCACCUAUCUAUUUUAGUGAAGUCAGAACAAAUUAAUUAUUUUUUUUGGGUGACAAUUUUAUUUUAAUUGUGAACACAAAAAGUUUAAAAAUCAGACACGUAACUAA